AAGGCUGCCAUAAUCUUCAGGACGGAGUCCCAGCAAUCUACCUGAAAACUGGGCUUCCUCUUUAUAAAGGAGUCCAGAACUUUCAGAGAAAGAAGAAUCCAAUUUUCCAAGCGAGGGUACCUGUGGACUAUCUGACACCUGAGGCUAAGAAAAGACAAAAACCAAUCAAUGCUGCUGACAGGGCUGCCGCCUUCCACAGCUCCAGUGUUAGGAAGAAGAAAGAGCUUCCGAGUCACUUCCUCUCGGAGGGAACUAUUUGGCUGAGAAUAAUGUUGGCUGCCACACUGGAAGAAGGCUCAUGCAUCAACUUCAGGGAAAUGGCAUUUAUUGACAACACACUUUACUUUAUACCUGAAGAUGAUGGAAACCUGGAAUCAGACAACUUUAGCAGGCUUCAGUCUACAACCACAGUAAUACGAAAUAUGAAUGACCAAGUUCUCUUUGUUGACAAAAGAAAUCCACCUGUGUUUGAGGACAUGCCUGAUGCUGACCAAAGUGCUAAUGGACCCCAGACCAGACUGAUAAUAUAUAUGUAUAAAGAUUCUGAGGGAGGAGGCAUGGCUGUGACCCUCUCUGUGAAGCAUGAAAGAAUGUCUACUCUCUCCUGUAAGGACAAAGGCAUUGCCUUUAAGGAAAUGGAUCCACCUGAAUAUAUCGACGGUACUAAAAGUGAUCUCAUAUUCUUUCUGAGAAGUGUUCCAGGACACAAUAAGAUGCAGUUUGAAUCUUCACUAUACAAAAGACACUUUCUAGCUUGCGAGAAGGAAGGUGAAUUUUACAAGCUCAUACUGAAGGAAAAGAGUGAAAAUGGGGAUAAAUCUGUAAUGUUCACUGUUACUAGCUUACCUCAGAGUUAGGUAUUAAGCACUUUUGUGUACCAGAAAGAUGACUAGAUUACAUGAGCCUUAUGAUAAUCCAUUCUGUGUUGCCAUAGCAAAAUACCCCAGGCUGCAUAAUUUAUAAAGCAAACAGGUUCAUUUGUCUCACGUGUCUAGUCCAAUUCCUACGUCCCGGUGAAUGGCCCUGGCUGCAUUACAGCAUACAAGAUAAAAGGAAAGGAAUCAGCUGCAUGUGAAUUAGCACAUGGGUGAGCCUCACUUCAUAGCAACUCAUUCUUGACAGAGGCUUCGGCCCUUCCCAAUGCUGGAACCCUCAGGAGCUGUUCACCUCCCACCUCUUUAAUAUAUCACCACCUCAACAUGGUUGUACUGGCGAUCAAGUUUCCAGCAAAUCUAUUCACGUGACA